GCGUAGCCAGUGCCCUCUCAUAACACAGACCGUCGAUGCACUUCCAGAGCACUAGCAAACAGGUCAGUCUCGCUGUGUCACUGCUGUGUGGUUGCUUUUUGCUUCAGUGUUUACUGAGGGCUGGAGAUCCGGGUUCAAACCCCAAAGGGUUCCUGCGUGAGGAUGUCUGAGCUCAGCGAGGAGAUGGUUGCAGAGCUGCUGUCUCUGGAGAAGAGGAAUCUCAUUAAGAACCCCCAUGGAGCAGAGCAGUUUGAAGGCUGGGAGAUCACAGAGAAUGGUGGCAGUCAGUGGCGUGUGGAGGAGCUCCCAGGGGAUUGUGGGAAGGAAUUCCCAGAUGAGACGGUCCAGAGCUACUUUGCUACGUCCUUUGAGCUGUGUCUAAAGAAGCAGGUGCUGGACCUGCGAGCUGAGGGCUACUCUGAGGAGCUGCUGGACACAGUGCAGCCCAAGAUCACGGUGCAAGACUGGUAUGCAGGGCGCUCAGACUGCGGCUGCACUUACCAGCUGUGUGUGUCUCUGCUCAACGAGAGCCAGGAGACGGUCCAGGAGUUCAAACCAGACCUUGUGAGCUUGGAGCCAGAGAACUCGGACUGCAGCUGGAGCCAGGUGACACACACCUUCGAGGGUUACGGCCCUGGAGUUCACUUUGUUAGUUUUGAACAUGGAGGUCAGGACUCCAAGUACUGGGACGGCUGGUUCGGGGUUCGAGUCACAAACAGCUCAGUGGAAGUGCAGCCAUGAGGGGGCGCCAGCGCACCCUGGAACUCUACAAUACAUACCUGUCUGUCUGUCUGUCUGUCUGUCUGUCUAUCUAUCUAUCUAUCGAUCUAUCUAUCUAUCUAUCUAUCUAUCUAUCUAUCUAUCUAUCUAUCUAUCUAUCUAUCUAUCUAUCUAUCUAUCAUCUAUGCCUGUCUGCCUUGCUCUUGUUCAGACAUCACGCUGCUGAGCUUCUGCAAUAGGGAGGGUUUAACCCUCCACUCCUUCUCUGGGUCUUGCUUCAACCAGGAAGAAAUAUCUAUUUAAAUCUGCUUUGAGCAGCACUGCAGUCUAUUGCCGGCUGUAUUUCAUAUCAAUGUAAUCUACUGUUGCUGUUAACUAUUGCCAGGACCCAGGGGAACCUGUAUGUACAGAAUGAAAGAAACACUGUAGUUUAUUUGGAAGUCCUGUCCUAAGCAGGUGAAUUUGUGUUCAGACAACACGCUGUACAUUUAAAUAAAUGUAUAUUAAAUACAUUGCUAUACCAUGA